AUGAAAUAAUUCUUAACAGCAGCAAUAGUAACUCUAUUAAUGACAGCUGGUUAUUAUCAUCUUUAAGAGGAUGAUACAAAUGAUUUCGAGAGAUGGGCAUUGAAAAAUAACAAAUUUUACACAGAAAGCGAAAAAUUGUACAGAAUGGAAAUUUAUAAUUCAAACAAAAGAAUGAUCGAAGAACACAAUUAAAGAGAAGAUGUCACUUACUAAAUGGGUGAAAAUUAAUUUAUGACUCUCUCUCAUGAAGAAUUCGUGGAUCUUUAUUUAUAAAAGAGUGAUUCUUCUGUAAAUAUUAUGGGAGCUUCUUUACCAGAGGUUUAACUUGAAGGAUUGGGUGCUGUUGAUUGGAGAAAUUACACAACAGUCAAAGAGUAAGGUUAAUGCGCAUCUGGGUGGGCCUUUUCUGUCAGUAACUCAUUGGAGGCAUGGUAUGCCAUAAGAGGAUUUUAAAAAAUAAAUGCAUCAACAUAACAAAUUGUUGACUGUGAUUAUAACAAUACUGGAUGCAGUGGAGGUUAUAAUGCCUAUGCUAUGGAAUAUGUAUUGAGAGUAGGAUUAGUAAGCAGCACAAAUUAUCCAUAUGUUGCCAAAAACUAAACUUGCAAAUAAUCAAGAAAUGGUACUUAUUUCAUUAAUGGUUACUCAUUUGUUGGAGGAUCUUAAUCUAAUUUAUAAUACUACCUCAAUAACUACCCAAUAUCAGUAGGAGUUGAAGCUAGCAAUUGGUAAUUUUAUAGAUCAGGAUUAUUCUCAAACUGUUCAUCCAAUGGAACCAAUCAUUAUGCUUUGGCAGUAGGUUUUGACUCAGCUAAUAAUUGGAUUGUCUAAAAUUCAUGGGGAACUCAAUGGGGUGAAAGUGGAAAUAUCAGAUUGUAUCCUCAAAACACAUGCGGAAUCUUAAAUUAUCCUUACCAAGUUUAUUGAGGAUUUUUAUACAUUUAAAAAAUAAAUAUAGAUUUUUUAUAUAAA